ACACUUCUUAGCCACAGGGUGGUGCUGCCCACAGAGCCGUGUCAGGAGCGGGGCAGACAGUAGGAGACACCGGGGGCACGAAAAUAGAGCUGUAGACUUUAAAGUCAAUAUGACGGAAUAUUCUGGAAAACGUUCCCGUUUUACUAUCGCGCUGACAGGAGUUGCCGUGUGCUGCUGCCCCUCCACCAGAAGCUGCUAGACACAACAGUAGCACUAGCCGGGCAGUUAUCUUUCAGGAAACGGACACAGGGCUCACCUGGUCCCUGGUGAAACCCCUCCAUGCAAACCGGACACACGUCACCGCUGCGGUUUUAACUUUAACAAAUUUAGUUCCAGGGCUGUGUGGGAAAAAAAGAAGCUGAAAGCCCAGUUAGUAACAUUGCUAGUUAACCAAGCUGAGCCGUGCUAAGCUAAGCUAAACUAACUGGGAGCUGCUGGCAACAUGAGACUGAAGGUGGGAUUUAUUCUACGGAGCCUGCUCGUGGUUGGAACGUUUCUCGGUCUGGUUGUGCUCUGGUCGUCCCUGUCACCCAAACCCAGCGACGACAAUCCCUUCGAAAAACGGGACGACAGCUUGCAGGCCAAACAAGAGCCAGCGGGCCAGUUUAAGCCUGUGGUGCCAUGGCCUCGUGUAGAGGGGGUGGAGGUUGAUCUUAAUGCUAUUAGAUUGAAAAAUGGACUUCUAAACCAUCCCCAGAACCCUGACCAACUGCAGCCCAACCAAAAUCAAGUGAUUCAGCAGCAGUUUGUCACAUUCAAGCCCCACACAAAUGCCUACGACAUCCCUGUUCUGAAGAAAGGAAUCCUAGGAAACUUUGAGCCAAAAGUACCAGAACCUCACGGGGUCGUCGACGGACCUGGAGAGGAAGCUAAGCCCCUGGUUCUGGGCCCAGAGUACAAAGAUGCGGUCCAGGCCGCCAUCAAAGAGUUUGGCUUCAACAUGGUGGCAAGUGACAUGAUCUCAUUGGACAGAAGUAUCAGUGACAUACGCCAUGAAGAGUGUAAGUACUGGCAUUAUGACGACAGGUUGCUGACCUCUAGUGUUGUGAUCGUGUUCCACAACGAGGGCUGGUCCACCCUGAUGAGAACCGUCCACAGUGUCAUCAAGAGGACGCCCAGAAGAUACCUGGCUGAGGUAGUCAUGAUAGAUGACUUCAGCAACAAAGCCCACCUAAAGGAACGCCUUGAGGACUACAUAAAGCAGUGGAACGGUCUCGUAAAACUCUUCAGAAAUGACAAGAGAGAAGGACUGAUCCAGGCCAGGAGUAUUGGAGCGCACAAGGCCACCAAAGGACAGGUGCUCAUUUAUCUUGAUGCUCAUUGUGAGGUGGGAAUCAACUGGUAUGCUCCAUUGAUUGCGCCCAUAUCAAAAGACAGAACGGUGUGUACUGUGCCUCUGAUCGACUCCAUCCACGGAGAGAAGUACACCAUCGAAGGCCAGGGUGGAGGAGACAAAGAUGGCUUUGCUAGAGGAGCCUGGGAUUGGAGCAUGCUCUGGAAGAGAGUUCCCCUGGGAGAGAAAGAAAGAAAUAUGCGAAACACUCUGACUGAGCCCUAUAGGUCUCCAGCCAUGGCAGGAGGUCUCUUUGCCAUAGAGAGAGACUUCUUCUUUGAGCUGGGUCUCUAUGAUCCAGGACUGCAGAUAUGGGGAGGAGAGAACUUCGAGAUAUCUUAUAAGAUCUGGCAGUGUGGUGGUCAGCUGCUUUUUGUGCCGUGUUCACGUGUCGGCCAUAUCUACAGACUACACGGAUGGCAAGGGAACCCACCACCUGCACAUGUGGGCUCCUCACCCACUCUGAAGAACUACGUCCGUGUGGUGGAGGUGUGGUGGGAUGAAUAUAAGGACUUCUUCUACGCCAGUCGUCCGGAGACUCUCACUCUGGCCUAUGGAGACAUCAGUGAUCUUAAACGUUUCAGGGAGGAACAUCGAUGCAAAAGCUUCAAAUGGUUCAUGGAGGAGAUAGCCUACGACAUCACAGACCACUACCCUCUGCCUCCUAAAAAUGUCGAAUGGGGGGAGAUUCGAACACUUGACACCAGUUACUGCAUUGACAGUAUGGGACACACCAACGGAGGCAACGUGGAAAUCGGACCGUGCCACAGAAUGGGUGGCAACCAGUUGUUCCGUAUCAAUGAAGCGAACCAGCUGAUGCAGUACGACCAGUGCCUGGCCAGAGGACCGGAUAAUUCCGCCGUCAUCAUCACGCACUGUGAGAGGAACCAGCACACUGAGUGGAAGUACUUCAAGGAUCUUCAUCGGUUCACUCAUGUACCAACAGGGAAGUGUCUGGACCGUUCCGAUCUGCUCCACAAAGUCUUUAUAUCGGACUGUGACACCAGCAAAACCACUCAGAAAUGGGAGAUGAACAACAUUGUGGCGGUGUGACGAGGACCAGGAUAAACAGAAUGGUCUUUCAAACGCUGGUUGAAAUCAUAUGCCAAGAAACACAUCCAUCCAUUCAUCCAUCCAUCCAUCCAUCCAUCCAUCCAUCCAUCCAUCCAUGCUACAUGUUUACAGAGUUUUGUGGAGAAUCCGUUUCUCAUCAUGAGCCACUCAUUUGUCAGCAUGGCUACGAAAAUGAAGGAGUCCACAGCGAUAACAAUUACGACAAAUGAAGAUUCUGUCAGUCCAAAACCUUUCACCUCAAACUGUCAGCUACUACACUCACAAACUCACACACACUCACACACUCACACACUCCAGAGGUUGUACGUGAUGCUGCAAAUACUAGUGAUAUUGGUGGCUAGAUGGACCUGUGGUCCAGUGUUUGAAAUUGUCAGCUUGUUUGUUUUCUAACUCCCGUGAUGCACUCUGGUAUGUCCAGAAACCAAAGAUGAAACCAGAACCAAGGGGAAUUGAAGCUGUUUUUCUAAAGAAAAUUUUUAGGUAAUUCAAUCUAACAAUUAACAAAAAAAAUAAUUUGGGAUUUACAUAAAUGAGUCCAGCUUUUAACCCAAACUGGAAUGGAAACAUGUUGAACUCCGCUCUUAUUUUGUUUGUUUUUUUUUCUUUAGUUGAUUUUUGGCAGAUCUGAGCCACUACAUCAAUCACUAGCCUGAUUGCACUGCAUAGAACCAGGAGGUUUUGGGAUAAGGGACUUAACCUGGAAACAAAUUGGUCUUUGUACAAAAAUGCUACAUUGUACCUGUAUUUCUUUGCCAGUCAAUGUCUUUUUAAGAUGAUGAAAAUACAUCUUCUGAUGUAAAAGAGAAAAAGCCCAAAAAUCCCCAAAUAUUUUUCCUUACAGAAAAUAAACAAAAGUGCCUGGACUUUAAUGCAGAGUCCAUCUGUAAUGGUUAAAAUAAUUGA